AUGGAAAAACUUUUACAAUGGUCCCUUGCUCAGCAGGGAAAUAAUAAAGAGGCCAAAGAAAGGGUCGGAAGGCCAGAUCCAAAGGCAUUGGCACAACUUUUAGGAAUGGUACAAGGUAAAGAUGAUCCCACAUUGAUGAAGGAGAAUGGUGCAGUUCUUAAGAAUGAAAAAUCUACAUCAAAUGAAAAGUUAAUGGCACUCAAAAGUAUGGAAGCGCUAAUAGAAAAUUUAGAUAACGCCAACAACCUUAAGAAUAUGAAACUUUGGCCAUCUAUUUUGGAACAACUCAACAAUGAAGACAAAGAAAUACAGGCUUUGGCCUGCUCAUGUAUUGGAUCGGCAGUUCAGAAUAAUCCUAGAUCCCGAAAUGAUUUUUUGGAAGAGUCGGGGAGAAGCGGCGCUUUUAAGAAGAUUCUUAAAUUAGCCGGUGAUUCAACAGACGAGUAUUCGCGUUCCAAAGCAUUAUAUGCAUUGUCCAACAUAACAAGGCACAGUGAACGGGCUUAUGAACAGUUCGAAGACUUGAAUGGUUGGCAGUUAAUACCUCAUCUAUUAGCAGACGAAAAAGCAAGUGAUAAGCUAAAAUUCCGUGCAUUGUCUUUGUUGUCAUCUCUUAUAUCGGAGGAGGUCGAAACAGCGAACUUCAAUACUAAAGAGGGCCAGGAGAAAAUCAACAGAUUGAAGGACGAUAAGAUCGUUGAUUCUAUAUUGAAUAUAUUGGACAAGGAUAGAGGAAUCAAUUGCCUUGAUAAGGCUAUUUUUAUUUUGUCAACUCUCAUAAAUCAUGGCUUCGAGUUUACUGACAUUCAGAAGAAUGGGCUUUCUUCAAAAAUCGAAGGACUUGACUCUAUGAAAGAUCGUUUAAACGAAGAUGAUUUCAAAAAUUUAAGGACAGUAGUUGGGAAAUAA